UUAAUAGCAACCAAGAGAAAGGAGGACCUCCAAGGACGUGAGGGAGGUUCUACCCAGGAUGGAGUGCUGCCUGUCCCAAGGCCUGUGCCUUUAAUAUAAAAGACAUGACUUCAUCUUGGCCUCAGGACGCUUUUCGCAAAGAACAGCCCUGAGCAAAGAACAAAGGCAAGAGGUUGGAGCCAGGAAGCCUGAGGCCACAUCGGCGAACCCUCGGCAAAGGUUGCUCCGGAAACUGCUCCUGUGAAGAUUCGUGAACCUCGUUCUUUGCCUAUGGAGGAAGAAUGGAUGAAUCCGAGCCUCCCCUGGAUCCUGUUGUCCUGGAAAGCAGGAAAGCAAGUGAAGAGGCGUUAGAUACAGAGGAGCAGAAGCCGAAUGAAGAAAACAAUGAGGAGAACAUCAGUGAGGGAGCACAACACCAAGAAAGUGGAGACACCGGGGAUGGAGCUGUGGAACCCGACGUGAAACACGUGAUGGAUGAAACGCUGCAAACGGAUAGCAAAGUUAGUGUUUUCAAGCGCAAAGAAUUCCUGGACCAAAACGAUCAGACGGACUCUCCUUCCGGCACCGUCGUCAACAACACGCCGUCAAUCAGAAAACAAUCAAGAGGUAUCCCAGCUCAAGAGCAGCAACUCCAUGGCCAAAAAUCCCGCCAUGGCAGCCAGCAUCUCCCUGGCCAGGAAUCCCGGCUAAGCCUACCUGGGCAGGAAUCAUGGCACAGUCAACAGCUCGUUGGCCAAGAAUCCCACCGCAGCAGUCAACACAGCCAGCAUCUUCCUGGCCAUGAGUCCCGUCGUGGUAGUCAACUUAGUCAACAUCUCCCCAGCCAUGAAUCUCGGCUUAGCCUGUCCGGGAAGGAAUCUCGCCGAGGAAGUCAACUCAUGGGCCAAGGAUCCCAUCAUGGUAGUCAACAGAGUCAGGAUCUUCCUGGGCAGGAGUCCCGCCGUGGUAGUCAGCUUCGUCAGCCGCCUGCGAGCCAGGAAUCCCGGCACAGCCUUCCUGGGCAGGAACAGCCUCACCAUGGCAGUCUGCCAAGAGAACAACUUCCGGGUCACGAAUCUCACCGAGGCAGUCAACAAUCUACUGGCCACCAGCUCCCACAAAGUCGAAAGCCUUCGAGAGCCCAACCUGUGGAUGAAGUUGCAACCAAGCCUGACAUGACGUGGAUCAGCCAAAAAACGGGCAAGGUUAUGAAAUGUGAAAGCCAGCAGACAAGUAGAAUCUGGCAGAAAAAACCGCUUGCUGAGAUUCUUGAACCUUUUAGUCAACCACCCCCUGAAACUGGGGGUUCUAGGGUGGCAGAAGCUCCUAUGCUGUCUGCGUCUACAGAACAGCCCACAGCACCUCCCCUGAGCGAUCCAAAGCCAGACAGUGGAGCCUCUCAGUGCAACAGUCAGCAGUCUGAAGAGGAGGACUCUUGGAUCAGCCCCAAAACAGGGAAGCUCAUGAAAUGCACAAGUCAGCAGACAAGUAAAAUCUGGGAGCGAAAACCUCUUGCAGAAAUCCUUCGUCUCUCAAGUCAAGGACCACAGACCGAACAGGUUGCCGUGGAAGACGUGACACCUCCGGGAUCUGAGACCGUUCCUCUCAAGGAAAGAGAAGCUGGACCGACUGCAGAGGUAGAUGCUCAGCUUGGCAGCCAAGAAGGAAGCGCAUCCCGGCGUGGCAGUCAGAAGGCGGACGGAAAGGAAUCACGACGCGGGAGUCAGCCAGUGGGAGGAGAGAAGCCAAGCGGUGAUGGUCAGGUGGUAGAUCAGAGGCUCCAGACAGAUAGCCAAGUGAGUGUUUUUAGGCGUAAGGAACUGGCAGAUCAAACUGAGCAGACGGAUUUUCCUCCUGGCAGUGUAAUAAUGAGUGCCACGUCUUUCCAGAAGCUGGAAUCCCGGCGUGGAAGUCAACAAGGGCAAGAGUCAAGACGUGCCAGUCAGCAGGAAGAAGGCAAACAGUCUGGGAUCCCAAGUGAACAGCCAGAAGAGCAGGAACCGGAGCCAGAUAAGCAACACUUGGAAGAGGAGGAACUCAGUGGUCCUGAGGAGCAACCGAAAACGGAAGAAGCAUCUCAGCAUGGAAGUGGAGAGCUCAUUGGACAGGGAUCUCAAGAAGCAGAAAUGGACCAGAAACUGCCUGCUGGGGAGGACCAGCAGGCACCAGACAUUGUUCCGGAGGAAAGAAAUACCUGGGUGGAUGGGAGAACGGGCGCGAAAAUGAGAUCUACAAGCCUACAGACGAGUGAGAGCUUGUUCAUAGACUACCUAAAAAAAAUAUAUGGCAGUCGAUAUGUGGAGCCCCCUUGUCCUGAGGGGCCUGGAUCAGGUCAGUCUCUUCAGAGAGAUGAAGAAAAGGGAACCGAAAAAGAGGAACCAGGACCUUUAGCUGGAGAUGUGACAGAAGAUGUGCAGCCGGUUUCUGAACAGGAGUCCCCAAAAGACAGCCAACAGCAAGACAUGCCAGAGUCCCUUGAGGGUAGCCAACAGCCAGAGACAGCAGAGUCCAGAAAGAGUAGCCAACAGGUAGAGGUGCCAGGAUCCAGAAAGGGCAGCCAACAGAUUGAGUCAACGGAGUCCCAGCCAGAGGCACCAGGGUCUCGAAAGGGAAGCCAACAACCAGAGGCCACUGAGUCCAGAAAGGGAAGCCAACAACUAGAGGCAACUGAGUCCAGAAAGGGAAGCCAACAACUAGAGGCAACUGAGUCCAGAAAGGGAAGCCAACAACUAGAGGCAACUGAGUCCAGAAAGGGAAGCCAACAACUAGAGGCAACUGAGUCCCGCAAAGGUAGCCAACAGGCAGAGGUGCCAGGGUCUCAAAAAGAAAGCCAACAGCCAGAGGCAACUGAGUCCAGAAAAGGUAGCCAACAACUAGAGAGAACUGAAUCCAGAAAGGGCAGCCAACAGGCAGAGAUAUCUGGGUCCCGCAAGGGCAGCUUGCCAAUUAGGCAGGAUUCCCAGCCACCUCUGGAAGAAGCAGUAGAACAACCGCAUGUGUCUGAAAGCCAAGCAACUAUAGGGAGCAUUUUGUCAUCUCACGAAGUGGAGGAUAAAGCUCAGCAGACCUACAGCGUCAUCUCUCUAGAAGAUGGGAUCUGGCUGAACCGAAAAACAGGCCGGUUUUUGGUCAGUCACAGUCAGCAGACGAGGGAUACUUCCCUAUUAACUUUUAGUCAGUCAGCAAGGGGAGAGGAAGGAAAAGCUGAAUCACCAUCGGGACUUGGGACCAAUGCUGGGGAAACUGCAGCCGACAUGGCAGAAUCGGGCCCAAUUAGUGCUAAAAGUGAACCCGAGGUGGAUGGGGAGCCACAGCAAGUUGCAAGCCCAGCCUGUCGCCGUGAUAGCCAGGGCAUGUCAAGUCAGGAACUGCCCCAAGACAACCAGGAGGCUCCAUGUCCAGAGAAACCUCAGGAAGAAGACCUUCAGGGCACAGAAAAUGUCGAAAACGUUCUAAGCCGCCGCUUAAGCGAGGCGACCAUACAAAGCAUCAUAGCUGCGGACGGAGAGGACAAAUCUCAGCGGACCUACAGUGCUGUUUCUCUAGAGCAAGGCUCCUUCAUCAAUAGAAGAACGGGCAGGCAGUUGCAAUCUAUGGGUCUGCAGACUGAUGAGUCCUCCUUUCAGAAGCUUGGGGAAGACCCAGAAAUCGGCCAGGAUGAUGCACCACCGGCUGCUGAAGAAGAAGAAGGCCAUGUUUCUGACCCGGCUGAAGGCGAGAACUCAGGGGAAUAACAGGUAUCCGUUUGGAAGACCACAUGGGCUUUAUGAUGGAGUGGUUUGUGGUGUGAAGAGCUGCCGGUCAAGAGCUUCCUAUGACCUGAAGGGACAAAUAACUUUGGAUAUUUGCCCUCUCCUGCUAAAAAGAAAAAAAAAGGCAGAGCAGGUGGAGUUAGCGGGUCUGGGGGGCAGCGCUGAUGAUGUCUCCAAGGAACCGAGUGGCUCCCUUUGCAUCUGGGCAGCAAAUCCUAAGGCUGGGAGGAGUGGCAUUAAAAGUCAAAAUGGGAAAAGAG